CGAUGCCCAUGAUUGUGUGACUUGUCGUCCACGUGUGGUCAGGAGAAGCAUCGAGUCCUCAGUCAUAUCAUAGUUGUCUGAGUGGUCACAAUGAAGUACAUACUGGUUACGGGUGGUGUCAUCUCCGGCAUCGGAAAAGGAAUUAUUGCCAGUAGUGUAGGCACCAUUCUGAAAUCCUGUGGCCUUCGUGUCACUGCUAUUAAGAUCGACCCCUACAUCAAUAUCGACGCUGGCACCUUCUCCCCUUAUGAGCAUGGGGAAGUGUUUGUACUGGACGAUGGUGGCGAAGUGGACCUAGACUUGGGGAACUACGAGCGCUUUCUAGACAUCCGACUCACCAAAGACAACAACCUCACCACGGGGAAGAUCUACCAGUCUGUCAUUAACAAAGAGAGAAGGGGGGAUUAUCUGGGGAAAACCGUCCAAGUGGUGCCUCACAUCACCGAUGCCAUUCAGGAGUGGGUCAUGAAGCAAGCUAAAGUAUCUGUGGAUGAAGAUGGUGUAGAGCCCCAAGUCUGUGUCAUUGAGCUGGGUGGGACCGUAGGAGACAUUGAGAGCAUGCCUUUCAUUGAAGCCUUCAGGCAGUUCCAGUUCAAAGUCAAGAGGGAGAACUUCUGCAACAUCCAUGUCAGCCUUGUCCCACAGCCUAGUGCUACUGGAGAGCAGAAGAGCAAGCCCACCCAGAACAGCGUGCGGGAGCUUCGAGGCUUGGGCCUGUCCCCCGACCUGAUUGUGUGCCGUUGCUCCACAGUGCUGGACACUGCUGUCAAAGAGAAGAUCUCCAUGUUCUGCCACGUGGAGCCAGAGCAGGUGAUCUGUGUGCACGACGUGUCGUCCAUCUACAGGGUGCCCUUGCUGCUGGAGGAGCAGGGCGUCAUGGGCUACUUCUGCACGCGCCUCAACCUGCACGUGGACAUGAGGCCGCGCCGGAUGCUCACCAAGUGGAAGGAGAUGUCCGACAGGUCCGACCGCCUCCUGGAGCACUGCUCCAUCGCCCUGGUGGGGAAGUACACCAAGUUCUCCGACUCCUACGCCUCCGUCAUCAAAGCCCUGGAGCACUCUGCUCUUGCCAUCAGCCACAAGCUGGAGGUCAAGUACAUCGACUCUGCGGACCUGGAGGCCACAAAACUACAGGAGGAGCCGGUGAAAUACCAUGAGGCAUGGCAGAAACUCUGCAGUGCAGACGGGGUCCUAGUGCCGGGUGGGUUUGGUGUGCGUGGAACAGAGGGAAAGGUGCAAGCCAUCAGCUGGGCAAGAAAACAGAAAAAGCCCUUUUUAGGGGUUUGCUUGGGCAUGCAGUUGGCCGUGUGCGAGUUUGCCAGGAAUGUUCUUGGCUGGCAAGAUGCCAACUCCACAGAAUUUGACCCAGACAGCAAACAUCCGGUGGUGAUUGACAUGCCAGAGCACAACCCUGGCCAGAUGGGCGGGACCAUGAGGUUGGGCAAGAGGAGAACCAUCUUCAAAUCCAACACCAGCGUUUUAAGAAAGCUAUAUGGAGAUGCAGACUAUGUUGAUGAAAGGCAUAGACAUCGCUUUGAGGUCAAUCCAGACCUGAAGCAUCACUUUGAGGACAGAGGACUGCAUUUUGUUGGGCAAGAUGUGGAGGGUGAAAGAAUGGAGGUGAUUGAGCUAGAAGACCACGCCUACUUCGUGGGAGUGCAGUACCAUCCAGAGUUCACGUCCCGUCCCAUCAAGCCUUCGCCCCCGUACUUUGGCCUGCUCCUGGCUGCCGCGGGGAAACUGCAGAGCUACCUGCAGAAGGGAUGCCGUCUGUCUCCAAGGGACACGUACAGUGAUCGCAGUGGCAGCAGUUCGCCAGACUCGGAGAUCUCUGAGCUCAGGUUCACCUCGUAAGCCUGAGCAGGCGAAAUUACCAAACAGCCAUCUCCAGGACUCCGCACUGUGACUUGGUCAUUUGAUGAGAGCUGAAGACUGUCUUCCUCCCCUCUGCUGCAGCUGUUCUCGCCACAGCUGUCAGCUUGUGUCACUUUAGGAACUUUUAAGGGAGACCAUGAACUGCAGACCUUUUGCAUCACUUUAGGAACUUUUUUAGGGAAAAUAUGAACUUGGGAAAACAUGAGCAUAAACUUGAUUUACUAUUGGACUGUGUAGCACAUUGAUUAAAAACAUUGAACACAUUAAUUUAAAAUUAAAUAAGUCUUUGCAGUCACUACAGGGUAAAAUUAUUCUUUUUUGUAUGCAUUUGUUGGUUAAGUGUGAUUGUAAUAUAAUAUGUUGACAAAGCAUGUACAUCAUGUAUUUGACGUUUGUGUUGUAAAUGGUUUUAAACUGUUACAUCCUGCCAUUGAUAUUUAAUCAUAUCAGUUUCGUCCUUUGCCUUUUGUCUAGAAGUGUGGGGAAAUUAUAAAAUGUGAUGCUUGUUGUUUUUACCUACAUCUUUUAUGUUGGAAGGUUACCACUGCAGUUGCAUUGCAACUUGUCCAUAUGUAAAUAGAUUCUUGGGGCUUUUUCCUUGAAUCCACAUGCUAUUUGCCAGUUGUUGCCUUUGCAUUACAUGGAUCAUGAAAUAUAAAUAAAUAAAUAAAUA